AUGAGUGAUAGUCUGACCCAGCUACAGGAUGCUGUUGACCAGCUCGCGCAACAGUUUGUCGCAUCCUUACACUUUGUCCAUCGGCGACACGAUCUCCAAACUCUCGGACCGAAUGACAAGAUCCGCGACGUGAAGCUCGAGCCCGAGCAGAGAGAAGUCGAUCCCCUCCCAGCGGACGAAUUCGCAGCCGGCCUGAACGAACUCUCGCGCGACCUCAUAUUCAAGGAGCAGCAGAUCGAAUACCUGAUAUCGCUGCUUCCAGGCCUGAACAAUAGCGAACAAGAUCAAGAAAAGGCCAUCAAGGACCUCGAGGAGGACCUGAAGGGGGCGGAAGCCGAGCGACAAGAGGCGCUCAAGGAACGCGACGCCAUCCUUGGGCAGCUGGACUCGGUUAUUUGCGGCAUUCGACGACCUUGA